AUGCCAGUCAACGCCCGUCGUCAGAAAGGCCGGCCCAAGGCCGUCAAGAGACUUAACAAGCGCAAGAAAGCCUCACCCGGCCUGGCAGUCCGCCCGGCCUCUCCCCGGGUGAUUCUAGCACAAGCACGGAGAAGAAGUGUAUUGAGGAAGCGCGACGGGGGAAAUCCCGGAACUGCUGCGAACACGGCCAAACCCAAGCCUGCAAGGACUCAGCUCCGGACAGGCAGGCUGUCUCCCAAGCGGGGGAGGAUAGCCAUUCUCCCACCAUCUUCUGAUCCUCUGGAAAAGAACUGCCUUCGUCAAGAUCCGUGUCCCAAGAACUAUACUUUCGUCCCCAAGGGCGAUGUCUACAUCACCCGUCACUGUCGGAGUAAGACAAAGGAGGCUCAUCAAGUAGUCUAUGUAGUUUAUGACGACAAGGGCAAGUCCACCAUCGGCCUGCGCGUCCCAUACGACAUCCACGAAUCCGUCCGCCACUCGGCCGCGGAGACAGCUGAGACCCGAGCCCAAGCGGUCCACAACCGGGACGAGCGAGACCUGACCAAGGCCCGGCAGCUCCUCCGCACCCAAUUCCCUCUCAUGCCGGAAUCCGCGCUCGAGACGAUUGUCAACCAUGCCUUCCUGAAAGGCGCCGGCCGCGUUGGACGCGCCACCACCGUAUCCGACAAACGCAAGGCCAUCCUGGCCACGGAAGCGCAUAUCCGCCACACGCAGACACCAUACGACUCGCUUCUCCACUCUGGUCUGCCGCGGGAAGAAGCGCGAGAAGCGGUCUUCGGGCUAGUCCGAACGAUCCGGGCUACAUGGGAGGGUGGGGAUCAGGAGGCGCUGAAGAAGGCUCUUGCUUUGCGCAAUCGAGCUAUAUGA